UGGGUGUAAACUGUGUUUGUAGUUAAUGUCUCAGUGUUGGAGAUCUUCACAUUCUGUAGAGACACCGUCACGUUCAGUCAUGGAGAAAUUUGUGCUGGUAUUAAUUUUCCUACUAAAUGUUUUAGUGUGUUUUGGUACCGGUCAGCACCAUUUACGCGCACGUGUCGGACCGUGGAAACACCGGAUUCAGUGGGAGAAUAACGGUCAGGUGUACAGUUUGCUGAGCACGGGGACUCAGUAUCGCUCGCCUGUGCAGACCAGAAGACGCACUCAGCUCUUAUUAACAACUAAAAACAGUUUUAACCGAAUUCACCCCCCUGUCGCGCUCAGCAGACCCACAAGAACCAGACAUGGAGAGCUCGAGGACGCAGCCAUGGGUCACUCUCAUCCAAACGAACUGAGUCCCAUUGAUGCGUCGGUUCUUGGUGUUGAUGCGGGUCAGUAUUUACUCGCCUCGGGACGACCCGGGACGCACAGUCAGUCCCCACCGCGCAUCGCGACCACCAGAGCGGCUCCGGGAUACCGUCCACAGCAGGCGGCGUCCAACGGCAGCGCCGCCGCUUUCACCCCCAUCCAGGAGUUCUCCGGCAGUGGUGUUCCACGAGGAGGCCGGAGCACACCUGGAGAUGGCGCACAACAGGCCACUGCGCCACCGGGGAGAUCUCCGGACUCUACGCACAGCCGCGGCGGCAGGGCACGCUCAGAAUCAACUGCCCGGUCACCUGCCGCAGCUGCAGCGCUCACCGUGGCGGAGGAUGGCGGGAAUGCACGUGGCAUCCCGCGGCAAAACAGUGAAGGAGACGCUCGCAGCGCGCAAAGAGCGCAAUCCCUCACCAGAGUCACUCCAGAGUCCAAUGUUUCUCCCACAGCGCUGUCCAGUAACGCAGUAGAAAUACACUUUCCUCGUCCGAGGCCGGAGACAACACGGACUACGGACACCGGUGACCCGCGCGACCCGCACAGUAUUCAUCACAGGAACUCAGUUUUCUAUAAUGUUUACCCGCCAGACCGCAGGAACAGGAUCACUGCGCAGCCUCCACCAGGGCCGGGCUAUGGCACCAGGUUCUUCCACAACGGUCUCCCUGACUUGGUUCCUGACCCUUAUUACAUCCAAGCUGCCUCCUACAUCCAGAGAGUGCAGAUGUACGCACUGCGCUGUGCUGCUGAAGAAAACUGUCUUUCCAGGUCCGCGAAUCACCCGAGUGUGAGGGACCUGGACUACAGAGUUCUGCUGCGGUUCCCACAGCGAGUGAAGAACCAGGGAACAGCAGACUUCCUGCCAGUGAAGCCCAGACAUGAGUGGGAAUGGCACAGCUGUCACCAGCAUUACCACAGCAUGGAUGCCUUCAGUAACUACGACCUGCUGGACGUCUCCUCUGGACAGAAGGUCGCUGAGGGACACAAAGCUAGUUUCUGUCUGGAGGACACUUCCUGUGACCCGGGGGUGCGCCGGCGCUUCGCCUGCACUGCUCACACACAGGGGCUCGGUCCCGGCUGCUACGACACGUAUCACGCCAACAUCGACUGCCAAUGGAUCGACAUCACUGACGUACCUCCUGGAAACUACGUACUCAAGGUGACAGUGAACCCGUCUCAGACGGUUCAGGAGUCGGACUUCUCCAACAACGAGGUUCGCUGCGACAUCCGCUACACAGGAAGCUUCGUGCAGGCGAGAAACUGCAGGAUCACCGUGUGAGUCUCAAGUUCUCUGGAGGUCAGAGGUCAGAGGUCAAAGAGAAGAAGAAGAAGAAGAAGAAGAAGAAGAAGAAGAAGAAGAAGAAGAAGAAGAAGAAGAAGAAGAAGAAGAAGAAGGAGAAGAAGAAGGAGAAGAAGAAGAAGAAGAAGAAGAAGAAGAAGAAGAAGAAGAAGAGGAAGAUCCCUGAUGUUUAUUCUUUGUCCCACAGAAACACAAUAACUAAUAACUUCUUGUUGCUCUUAAUGUUUUACUUUGAGAUGUUUGUCAUAUUUAUGUCUUAUGAUACAUUGCAGCUGCAGCCGGGCCGGCUGGAUGUUAACUUAUGUUAUUGUUUAUACAUGUUCAGUGUAUUUCUAAGCGAUGACUGUACUGUUGGCUGUGUGUGUGCAGAAGGAGAGCGUGAGUCACAAACAUAAAGAAGUUAUGUAUGUAUCUGCAUUUUGUCUUAUUAUAUUCAGUGUUGGAAGGAAGGUCAAACAUUCGGCCCAUUUAAACUAUUUUACAAACAUCUUCCGGCUUGUCAUUCAAAGCAUGUGAAAAAGAUUCACAUUAAAAACACUU